AGCCAAAUCGCUAAAGUGUCCAGUUAGAGCAAGAGGUUAUCAUCCUGAAAAAGAAGUUCACAUUUGAGAUGAAACACUCUGAAAUGGAUCUCAAAUAUUUCAUCUUAAUUUUGUUUUGUGGACACCUGAACAAGGCCUUUUCUGCAGAGAGAGAGGCAAUUACAACAGAGAAGCAAUCAUGGUCUACUCUAUUUAGAUCAUCAAUGCCAUCUUUCUCAGCAAAUUCCCAGAUCAUAUCAAGGAAUACUUUGGGUCAACCAACACAAUCCAAUGAUUUAUCUUCUGGACCACCAAUACUUGUCAAAGACACCACUGGAAAGGAAAGAUCAGUUAUCUCUGCCUCUUCUGGAAAACCAGAGGCACAUACCUCUGCUGGGCAACCACUUGAUUAUGACGUUACCAGAAAACCAACACCAAGAGCCAACAAUUCCUCCCAGCAAACAACAUUAUCAUUGUUAACCUCUGCCAGACUACCGUCAUCUACUAAUACUUUCACAAGACAAUUGUCUUCAUUUGUCUCUACUUCUCAACCACUAACUUUAUCUGUCCAUACUUCUUCCAGAAAACCACCCACUGUCCAUAAUCUAUCUACACAAUCAACACCAACUGUUAAUAAUUCACCUAGGAUUACACCAAGGUUUAUCCUAAGAGAUGACAGUACUAAAACCUACCCAGAAAAAAACAAUUCUAACUCAACAGCUGCCAUACUGAUAGCUAUAAUUCUGACUUCUAUGUUACUGGUCAUAAUUAUGAUUGUACUGUGGAAAUACUUCAGAAAACCAGCUGUAAAUGAUGAAAAUUGGGCAGGAAGGUCUCCAUUUGCUGAUGGUGAAACCCCUGACAUAUGUUUGGACAACAUUCGAGAAAAUGAUGUAACUACAAAACGUACAUCAAUUGUUUCACUUAUGGCCUGGAAACCAAACAAACACAUGCUUUUAACAGAUGACCCGGACAUCAAAUUGUUUGAAUCAAGUGAAAAUAACGAAGAUUUCAGCAAUUCCAAAGCAGAAAAAGUAAAAGAUGAAGCAAAUGGUACAUCAGAGGAAAGUGCUGAUGGAUCAACAAUUGGCACUGCUGUUUCUUCUUCAGAUGAUGCAGAUCUCUCUCCACCACCUCCUCCUCCACUUAUUGAGGUGGAAGGAGAGAAUGAGAGAAACCCAUCUCACACACCUACAAUGCCAGUAACACCUCCCAUUCCAAAUGAUUCCGCCAAUCAUGUAUCAUCCCUGAACUGUCCCAAUCAAGUCUGUGAAGAUAAUUCUGAAUUCAGACAGUCAUUUCCACCUCCUACCCUUGAUGGACAUAACUUGCCCAUGACGGAAGUAGAUUUUACUAAAAAUCAGGACGAUUCCAACAAUAAGAUCCAGGACCAGUGUCUGGAGUUCUCUAUUUCUCUCGACUCAGACCAAGCUCUUGAUGAAUGCCUACCACCCCCACCUGAGGAGUUAUAA